AUGGCAUCUAGCACCGCCAGUUUUCGGGCUCCAGGCAUGUUUAGGUGCGAAUUCUGUCCAAAAGCCCUGCCUACUAAAGGGUCUUUGAAUCGUCAUCGGAACACUCACAUACGACCAUACAAGUGUGAUAUAUGCCAAAGUGGUUUUGCUUUGCGCAGCGAUUUACGACGCCACGAAGGCAAGCAUGGAAGUGUGGAUCCACAAUACAUGUGCAAGUGGCCUAAAUGUGACUUCAGAGGAUCCGCGCGGAAAGACAAUUUGCUGAGGCAUAUGAGAAAUGUGCACUCAGAAGUAGUUACCACUAGCGAAAAAGACACUUGCAAUGCCACUAUCUUACGGGAUGCUUACGAUGACGCCGUUCAAAAUCAGAAGGAUUCUGAGAAAAGCCUCACUAUCCUGAAGCUCGUGCAAGGUGGUAAUAUUACUUCGCUCGAGUUGCUGCUGCGCGAAGGAGGAAAUGUUAUGGAGACCACUGACACAGGAAAAACCGCACUGCACGUAGCUGCCUUUAAUGGCCAUUUGAAAAUUGUCAAACUCCUUCUCAACACGAAUAUUGAGCACAGCGCGAAGGACUCGACUGGAAGAUCUGCACUUCAUGAUGCUGCUAGAGGCGGACACUCUCAAAUCUUCCGAGAGCUCAUUGAUGCGGGAUUGAAUCUAUUUGAUAGAAACAACAAUGAUGAAGAUCCACUGUGUGAAGCGUGCCGCAACGGGCAUCGAUAUCUCGUGCAAGAAAUACUCGAAAUGCAAACGCAGCUCAGGUCAAGAUAUGACUCGCCAUUGACUUCUACUCCGUCAGUCACACAAUCAACAUCCCACAAGUACCUUAAUUGGGUUAAAUCCGUCGGUCUGCGAAAAUGCCUUAAACUGGCGAUUGAAAAUGGACACCGUGCUAUAACCGAGGUUAUUCUGUUCCAACAUUCAGACAGCAACCAGGAAUAUCUGGCAUAUGCUCUUCAGAAAGCUACAAUUAUGGGUGACUGUCAGCUUGUUUUCUCAAUCCUCCAGCAAAAAGAUCGAUUGCCUCUGGGGGUCUGUUUCCGCGCACUUAAGCUUGCUGCUACACACAGAGAUAUCCCCAUCAUGGACACAUUGGUUGAGGAGGCAUUCGGAGCUGACAUGGGAGUACUCAAUUACCUGCUUCUGCGGGUAGCUACUAGUGACAAUGAUGAUCUAGUUCGAUUUCUCAUUGGAAAAGGGGCGAAUAUAAAUUACCAAUCUAGUAGAUACCGAAUGACACCUCUAUGCACAGCUUCUAGCCGUGGCAAAUUGACAAUCGUUACUGCGCUACUUGAAGCGGGGGCUCACGUGGAUCUCCUGAGUUCCAAGGGUACAGCGCUUUCCAUGGCCAUAAGCAGCCGAGGAAAUAAAGAAGUUGUCGCUUUAUUGGUUGAAGCUGGAGCUAACGUCAAUGUUUCCGUCAAGUAUCGAUGUACAGUACUUCAAGAGGCUGCUAAGAAAGGAGAUAAGGAAAUAAUUGAAUUGUUGAUCGAAAAGGGAGCGGAGAUCAAUGCCUCUGCUAAUAGUUAUUCUGGCACAGCUCUUCAAGAGGCUGCUAAGAAAGGAGAUAAAGAAAUAAUUGAAUUGUUGAUCGAAAAGGGAGCGGAAGUCAACGCUUCCGCCAAUGAUCGUUCUGGUACAGCACUUCAAGAGGCUGUUAAGAAGGGAGAUAAGGAAAUAAUUGAAUUGUUGAUCGAAAAUGGAGCGAAGAUCAAUACUCCUGGUAGUUAUUAUUCUGGGACAGCACUUCAAGAGGCUGUUAAGAAAGGAGAUGAAGCAAUAGUUCACUUGUUGAUCGAAAAGGGAGCUGAGAUUAACGCUCCCGCUAAUGAUCGUUCUGGUACAGCACUUCAAGAGGCUGUUAAGAGAGGGAAUGAAUGGAUUAUCACACAGUUGAUCCAACUUGGUGCUGAUGUCAACGCUCCAGGAACCCCAGGACCAGAUUGGCUCCCUAAUCCUGGUGUUGCAAUUCAAGAAGCUGUGAAAAGACGAAAUCAAACGAUUGUGGAUAUAUUGCUACUAGCUGGAGCUAAUGUCAAAGUCCCAGCUAGCAAAAAUUGUGGCACGCCUUUACAGGAAGCUGUAAGAAAUGGUAAUGAGUAUAUGGUCAAACAGUUGAUCGACCUCGGUGUUGAUGUCAAUGCUUCGGCUGUGGAUUCAUCGACAAUUUAUUCUCGGGGUAAUCGUAAUCCGGAAAUUGCAGUUCGGGAGGCUGUAAAGAAGGGAAACCAGAAGAUGCUGGAAAUGCUUAUUCAGGCUGGAGCAGUCGACCCUGAGGAAGGUUAA